GCCGCUGCGCCCGGCAUCGUCCACCUGUAGACGCACCGCUCCCACGGCGCUCGUCUGGCUGUGCCCUGCCUUCUGCUGCCUGCGGAAAAACCAGAGGUGCCUGUGUUGAGAGUUUGGUUGAAAGCAGGUCGUUACUUGAUCUGGGUGCAAGGUGAGGAGCUGCAAUUGUAUUUGCUUUCAGGAAUAAUCCAUAGGCUGUACAGACGCAUGUUGUUAAGGAGGCCUGUGUCUAGCCCAGGCCUGUGUCGUCCGAGCUGCCUUACCCUCGCUCUCCAAGCAGGACGCAAGCACGGUGCUCCAGCGUCCCGGAGCCCGUGGAGCAGGCUGGCGCUGCAGGAGGCAAGCUGAAGCAAACCUGCCCUGCUGCACGAUUCUUCUAGGCUGCUUCUCCUCUCAGCUCCUGUAGUUUUCUAAUCCUUGGUUCUUACUGUUCAUUUCUCACUGUAAGUAAAGGAAGUUGGACACAAGCCUAAAAUGUAUCAAGUUGUCUUCCCCGCCCCCACCACGCACACACUUCCAGUUCUUAUAUCAGGUUUUUGUUUGUUUCUUUUAAUCACAGUUUUGGUUUUCUGCAGAUCAGAACUCUUCAUGAAUUAAUCUGCCUUAUAAGCAGCUUUUUGAUAACUUCGUAUAAUGUAGAGACAAUUCAAAAUAGCUGUUGUAUUGGUUAUCUCAGUGAAGGAGCUGAAGAGUUUAAUUCCUUUUUCUCCAGCAAUUAGCCCUGCCAAGUGUGCCUAAUUUUGCUUGAGAGGCUUAACUUUUUAGGUUUGCUGACCUCUUAGCACAAAAAAUAAUAAUUGGUAGAGAAAAGGCAUUUUAACUGUCUUAUUGUAGCUGUCAUUAACAAUGAGGAGCUACUUUAAAUUGGAACAGUAAACCGUCAGGACCUCCCUUUUGGUACAAAAUUCUCUUCCUAAAUAUCUAAUAUAGUGUUAAAAUGUCCUACAAAGAGUAGCAAAGAUCCAAAGUCAAGUCUCAACUUGAGUGGACAGAUGAAAGUGAUGGGGUAGAUCUUGGGAGGAAAUGAUAUUAGCACUGUAUGCAUCUUUCUGCAAACACUGUGUGUUUUCAAAGCUUUUGCGAGUGAAGUGGAUCUUUUCUGUAUUUUUCCCUGUGUCAAAAAACUUAAAUUGUCAGUCAGGUGGUUCUAAUUGAGGUGGGUGGAUAUAUCCUUGCGCUUGGUGUUUUGCCUUGUGCUCACACUUUAGAGGUCACCAGCAAGUAACCCUCAGUAUGAUCUGGUGCUGCCAUUGGUUCUCUUCAUAAUGAAAAUUUUCCUCUAAGUCAUUGCAGGGUUGUUAUUCUGUUGUUAAAUGAAUGGAAACUGCUUCCACAGGGAGGUUUUUCUAAGAUACGGGGAGCUUUAUGAACGUCUGGGAUUUGCUUACGCUAAUGAGCGAUGAUCUCCAACCGGCACCUAUGUAAAAAGCGAUUAAAAUGGGAUUGAGGCAGGAGGUAGCUCUUUCACUGAAUUUGACUGAAUUUCAAGAAAGAGCAAGUUGUUUAUUUUAGAAAACGCAGUAUCUGGGUUAUGCUAGAGAAGGUUACUCAGACGAUCUCAUUUUAUUCUCUGUGAACCAGGUAUAAGCAGAAGAAGGAACUGGAGAACAGAUUGGCCUCUAUGAGAACCUUUGUGGAGAGUGGGCAAGCAGAUGAAGAUCAGAUGCGGGAAUUUUACCUCCUGCAAACCCAGAAAUGGAUCAACGUCAGCCUUGAGGAAAUUGAGAGUAUUGACCAAGAAAUGUUCAUUUUGAGGAGCAGAGGUACAGUAAAACAGUCUUCAGCACCACCACACAGUACUUCUCGGCAAGCGAGGGCUCCGUUGAAACCUUUCAUUCUUACUCGGGAUGCUGCUCAGGCUAAAGUGUUUGGUGCUGGAUAUCCUGGCCUGCCAACUAUGACAGUAGAUGACUGGUAUGAACAGCGCAGAAGGCAAGGAGUCAUGCCUGGUCAGAGCGUACCUCAGAGAACACCGGCAGGUAUAACUGAUGAAGAACUGCAGAAGAAGCAGAAGGAGAAAAAAGAGGAAGAGGAUGAUGAGGAAGCUCUCCAAAAAGCUCGGAACUGGGAUGACUGGAAAGAUACACACCCAAGAGGCUAUGGCAAUCGACAGAAUAUGGGCUGAUGCUCCAGCUGCAGAAAGAAUAAGGCUUGGAAAUCCUGUAAGAAUGCCUAUGUCCUGGAGAUAUAGGAGUAAAUACACUGUACAUAUGCAGAGGUAUCCUUGACUUCUCUGGGAGUCACCCAAGUCUGAGGAGUGAGCAGGACAGUUUGUUUUGGUUUACAUAAAUGUCAGACUGAGAGUGCACUCGUCAUGUGCACAGGAGCUCAUGUACACAGGAGCUCUUCUCAAGAGGAGCUCUUUCUGAGGGAUCAGACUACCUCUGUUCUCCCAGUCAGAGGAAGUCCUUGAGAGAAAGUACAUGAAUUUGGAAACAGCUCUUUGUAUUGUUGGUGGAUGUAUUUAUUUUUUCUCUAUAUUUUAAACAAAAUAAAAUCUCUUGUCCUGA